AUGUACAAGCUGGUCGUCUUCACCACCCUCUUGGCCGUCGUUGCUGCAGCUCCUGGUUUGGUCGCACCUCUUGCUUCUCCCUGGGGCCAUGGCCUCGUCGGUGCACCGGCCGUGGUCAGCGCACCCAUCGUCAGCGCUCCCAUCAUAAAGCAGGCCGUCCCUGUAGCCACUUCAUACGCUAACACUGUCAGGAUUGCUACUCCUGCUGUGGCUGUUGCGGCUCACGCACCGAUUGUUGCCGCCCACGGUCCCGUAUUGGCCGCGCCCUUAGCCCACGGUUGG